GGUCCACAGGCCCAGCGCAGGCCCUCAAAGGGAGAGCAGACCCCGACCCUUGCUCUCUAAAGCCGGAAGCCUCAUGUCUUGCUUCCAGAUUUGUCAGAGUCCAGGAGAUCCUGACGCGCCCAGCUCACCGCAGCAGCGGCCAUGGCCGAGGGCCUGGAGGUGUGGAAGCAGGUGUUUCAGGAAUUAAUUCAGGAGGUGAAGCCGUGGCACAGAUGGACCUUGACACAAGACAAAGGCCUUCUUCCCAACACCCUGCAGCCAGGGUGGUCGCAGUACCAGCAGUGGGCCUUCGCCAGGUUUCAGUGCUCCCUGUGCUCUCGUAGUUGGGCCUCUUCCCAAGUUAAGGUCCUUUUCCACAUGCACAAGAGUAAGGGGGAACCCAAAGGCAACGUGAAGAUGAGGGUCUUUGCCCAAAGAUGUCAGAAGUGCUAUCAGUCUCCAUUUGAGGUUCCCGAGUUCACCAAAGAGAACAUCUCAAGGAUCCUGAAUAACCUGGUUUUCCGAAUUCUGAAGAAAUGCUACAGAGAAGGAUUUAAGUCGAUGGAGGAGAUUCCUACGAUCAAGGAAAUCUCUCUUGAGGGCCCCCAUGACAGUAACAACUGCGAGGCGUGUCUACAGGGUUUUUGUGCUCAGAGUGGGGUGGGUCCAGCCACCCAGGCAGCAGUGUCCCCAGCACUUGCCCCCAUCAGCUCACCUACUUUUGGGACCAUCAUUCCCAUGCCCUCUCCCACACAUGGGAAGGAGCUCCUUCCUUUCGAAGGCUGA